CGGCUUAACACACGAGGACAUUGCAAAGUCUUGCCCAGUGUGUAUGGACAUAUGCAACUGUAAAGCAUGCAUUCGUUUAUUCAAAAAAUCUUGGGCGGACGUAGAAAGAAAUAUUGGACCAGAAGAAGAAGCCGAGUUUUCAAAAUAUAUGUUGAAAUAUCUUCUGCCAAUCCUGAAGCAGAUCCAUUUUGAACAAGAAAAUGAGAAGGAAGUGGAGUCUGCUAUUCAGGGACUCUCAGAAGUGAAAAUCAAAGAUGCUAAAUGUCCUCAAGAUGAGCGUAUGUAUUGUGACAACUGCAAAACAUCAAUAGUUGACUUUCACAGAAAUUGCUCAAACUGCUCUUUUGAUCUGUGUAUCACAUGUUGUCGAGAGAUUCGUGAUGGUUCCUUACCAGGAGGUGAAGAGGUAUAUAAGGAGACGUUUGUCAACAGAGGGAAAGCAUACAUGCAUGCUGAAGAAUCUGCGCGUACGAAAGGUACAGCAAGGACGAGAGGGAAACUAACUGAAUGUGUCAAAUCAAGCGAUAUGAACCCUGAACCAGAUGAUAGCCUUGAAGGUCAUGUUAAGCUAAAAUCUGAGUGGAAAUUGAUGGAUAACAAUAGCAUUCGUUGUGCAUCUUGUGGUUCUGGUCAUAUGGUGCUCAAGCGUGUUCUUCCAGAGAAUUGGGUAUCAGAUUUAGAAGGAAGAGCUGAAAAAGUAGCAGUAGAAUUCAAUCUCUUCAAUGAUCCCGUCCCUCUUACACAGAAGUGCUCGUGUUACAACUCCGUUGGCAGUGCCAAAGCUGGCAACAAUAAUUUUCGAAAAGCCUCUUCACGAGAUGAUUGCGAGGACAACAAUCUUUAUUGUCCGCAGUCCAAAGAGAUCCAAAAUGGGGACCUGGAGCACUUCCAAAAACACUGGAUCCUAGGAGAGCCAGUCAUUGUUCGCAAUGUGUUGGAACUGAAGCCAUCUAACUUUAGUUGGGAGCCAGAAGUGAUGAGCAGAUCCUUGAGGGAGAAAACUAAUUCUAAGACGAUGAAAGGUUCAGGUCACUUAGAAGUGACGGCUGUCAAUUGUAUGGACUGGUGCGAGGUUGAGGUUAAAAUAGUGGAUUUUUUCAGAUGCUAUAUGGAAGGUCUUAUGCAUCAUAAUAUGUGGCCUAAGAUGCACAAAUUGAAGGAUUGGCCUCCAUCUGAUAUGUUUGAGGAGCGCUUGCCACGGCAUUUUGCUGAGUUUGUUAGUUCCUUGCCCCUCAAAGACUAUACGUGUCCUAAGUUUGGAUUUCUUAAUCUUGCCACGAAGCUACCACCCAAAUCCUUGAAACCAGAUAUGGGUCCAAAAACAUACAUUGCCUAUGGGCAUGCUCAAGAGCUUAUUCGAGGUGACUCUGUCACCAAGCUUCAUUGCGACAUGUCUGACGCGAUAAACGUGUUGGUUAAUAUACGCGAGGUGCCUGUGGAUGGUGCACAACUUAAAGAGAUAGAAAAAGCAAAAAAGAGGCACAUGGCCCAAGAUCAAAAGGAAAUGGAAGAGCUCUUGAAGGGUGGCAAUCAGCGCUUAUCUACAGAGAUAUCUGUUCUUAACAACAAUCUCAAGGGAAAAGAAUGCAAUGUUUUUGUACCUGAUAAUUGUUCAAGUAACAGUGCUGGUGCUCUUUGGGAUAUCUUUCGCAGAGAAGAUGUUCCAAAGCUACAAGAGUACCUAAGAAAGCAUUGCAGGGAAUUUCGGCACCUGUACUGUUCUCGAGUUGAGCAGGUCAGUCACCCGAUUCAUGACCAAAGAUUCUACUUAACUUUGGAGCAUAAGAAAAAGCUCAAGGAGGAAUACGGAAUUGAACCAUGGACUUUUGUGCAAGAACGUGGGGAGGCAGUUUUCAUCCCAACUGGCUGUCCUCACCAGGUCCGCAACUUAAAGUCCUGCACCAAAGUUGCAGUAGACUUCGUCUCCCCAGAGAAUGUUCAGGAAUGCAUGAGGUUGGCCGAGGAGUUUCGUUUGCUUCCCCAGGAUCAUAGUGCCAAGGAGGAUAAAUUGGAGGUGAAGAAAAUGACGUUGCAUGCUGUCAAAAAAGCUGUGGAUUUCGUGGAAAAGCUUUCCAAGUCACAAGAAAGCAACAACGGAAACACCAAACCGGUUUGCAGUAAAGACGAGCCUAGCAAAGGAGGAAAACACAAAACAAGAAAUGGCGGUAAAGGAAGAGGGGAAGGAGGAAAAGGCGCUAACAAUACUGGAGAAGGAAAAUCCCACAGGGGGAAUUAGUUUUGGAGGAAAGUGCAAAACAAUUACUCGUGAGAGUUAAAAGGGUUUCAUGACCUCAAACUGUAAUUGAGUAUUAUCAUUAUUGUGCAGUCUUUUUUGGCUAGUUUAGUGUUGUCAAGUGGAUUUAAGCGUUUUUCAGGUUUUAGCAAGUUUUGCUAUGGUCUAAUAACUA